ACACAUUGAGAAAAUUUGAUGAGUCAAAGUGCUUAGAUGAACAGUUCCAAAAGUACACCACACCGCAGUUUAUUAACAUUGUAAUGUCGUGCUUGUCAUCAACAGUGGUUCCGCCGCGAAACGCCGCGAUUUGCUCGGCAGCCAGGCGGGGACGAAACUCCGAGCACGGCGGUAAGAGUAAGCGAAAUGCGAAACCGACGGAACAGUCAAACGCCGCUGCCGGCGCCGACGUCUCAAUUGCGAAGAAGAAUCCACCAGGCUUCGGGAGCCGGAGGAAGGAUCCAGUGUGGAAAUGCAUAGAGAACUGCGGCGCGUGCUGUAAACUCCAUAAACCCCAAAAAGACUUUCCUUCGCCCGAGGAAAUCUUCGAUGACCCUUCAGACAUUGAGUUGUAUAAAAGCAUGGUGGGUGAAGAUGGUUGGUGCAUACACUUUGAGAAGAGCACAAGAAAGUGUUCAAUAUAUGCUGAACGGCCAUAUUUUUGUCGGGCAGAGCCGGAGGUAUUCGAGACAUUGUAUGGAAUUGACAAGAAAAAGUUCAACAGGGAAGCUUGCAGUUGCUGCAUUGACACAAUCAAGGCGGUGCAUGGAACAAGUUCAGAAGAAUUGGGUCGUUUUGAUCAAGCAACAUGGGGCUCACCCCAUCGGCUUAGGCACAAAUAGUUUUGUGACUUUUUUUUUUGGGAUAUGGAAUUAGCGUCACAUUUCCAAAAAAAAAAAAUUGGGGACUAAAUAUGUAAAACGACCUAUAACUGGGGACCUUAUAUGGAAUUUACUCUACUUCGUAUGAGUAAAUUUCCAUUACACAGUAACUAAUUGUACUUCAAUUAUUAAAUUAGGUCUGAAUUU